ACGUAGUCAAGCUUGUGUGUCUGUCACAGAGCGAAAGAGGCUUGCGUCGUAUUAAAUUCUCCUCUGAAGUUUAUCUGGCUGAUCUUCUAUCUGGACCUGAGAGAUGAAGAAGGCACAAUCGCUCCUUUUCCAAGCGUUGACCGUGCUUGGCAUUUGGGCUUCGCUUGGACGCUGCUGCAGGCCUACGAGCCCUCCUGCUACGCGCCCUCCUGCUACGCGCCCUCCUGUUACGCGCCCUCCUGUUACGCGCCCUCCUGUUACGGUCGCUCCUGCUACGGUCGCUCCUCCUACGGGCCCUCCUGUUACGGGCCCUCCUGUUACGGGCCCUCCUGUUACGGUCGCUCCUGUUACGGUCGCUCCUGCUACGGGCCCUCCUCUUACGGUCGCUCCUGCUACGGGCCAUCCUGCUACGGGCGUUCCUGUUACGGGCCCUCCUGUUACGGUCGCUCCUGCUACGGUCGCUCCUGCUACGGGCCCUCCUGUUACGGUCGCUCCUGCUACGGUCGCUCCUCCUACGGGCCCUCCUGUUACGGGCCCUCCUGUUACGGGCCCUCCUGUUACGGUCGCUCCUGCUACGGGCCCUCCUCUUACGGUCGCUCCUGCUACGGGCCAUCCUGCUACGGGCGUUCCUGUUACGGGCCCUCCUGUUACGGUCGCUCCUGCUACGGUCGCUCCUGCUACGGGCCGUCCUCCUACGGGCCCUCCUGUUACGGUAGCUCCUGUUACGGUCGCUCCUACUACGGGCCCUCGUGCUACGGGCCCUCCUCUUACGGGCCCUGAUAAGAAGGUUGUAUCGCCUACUCGACGGCCCAAGUCUGCUGAGGGCUGUCAGGCACCCUGGCGGCUCAACAACCAACAUAGUUACUGCUUUGCCAAUGACUCUAAAUCUUGGGAUGAUGCCAAACGCUACUGUUCAUCCAAUGGGGGGCACCUGCUGAUAAUCCGGAGCAGCGCGGAGAGGGACUGGUUGAAAGAGCAACUCGAUGGCUUUGACUACUGGAUCGGCCUGAAGAGCCCAUACCCGUGGAAGUGGAUUGACGGAACUCCUUUGAAAUCAGAACUAGCGCUCUGGGAUGCAGGUGAGCCUAACCUCCAAAAUGAAGACUGUGUUGAGAUGGGGGGACGUCGAGGUCGCUUGAACGACCUCUCCUGCACCUCCCUUAGACGUUACAUCUGCAAGCGAUGCCAAGAUAGCGAUGAGAUUAUGUACAACGGCAUUAAAGGCACUUGCAACCUCCAAGUGGAUGUGUACCAGGAAGUUUCCGAAGUGCUGUUCAAAGAGCGUCUAUACGCUGGCUGCAUCAUCGUCAUCCAAGGAAAAGUGAAGCCGAACCCAACCAAGUUUAUCGUCCACCUAUCUUUGGGCCACGGUGAAGACACCCCGAUGCGCAUCGAAGUUGAUUUCAAAGAUGGGGACCUUGAGCUAUUGACCCGCAUCGGGAGUCAUGUUGAUGGAAAGUAUGUCAACAAGAUCGUCAAAAAGGACUCCUUCCCCUUCGCAGCCGGAAGCGACUUUGAGAUGACCAUCGAGUGCGGCGACGACAUUUUCCGCUUGGCCGUCGGCAACGACUUUGAGGUGGAAUACGAGAAUGAUGGUUAUGAUCUGCAAGAUAUCCACAGGCUGUUGGUGGAGGAUGAUGUGACAGUCACCAACGUCAGGCUGAUUUGAGGCUGCCAGCGCAGUAAAAUGGGAGGUGCUGCUUCUUCUCAGGAUGUUGACGCCAUGACGGCUCUUAACUAGGGUGACCGCCAGAGGGGAAAGUGGCUAGAAUUCAUUGCUGGAACUCCCCGACAUGAAGGUCACCACGGAGCCAGAAUUUUUUUUUUACACACAUAAAAAUAAAACGGUAUUACACAUGCAUUAGGCUACUGCAUUACACAUCCUAUCACAAGGUAAACAUGAGAAGUUGAUUUUCAUUCAAAAUUGUAUUUUUCAAUUUUCAUUCAAAAUUGUAUUUUUCAAUGUAACAGUUAAUAAAAUAGCAGAAACCCCAA